GAACUGUUCAUUUGGACAAAACUGACAAGCUGAGCUCAGUUGAGUUGCUUUUAAUGCCAGGUAUCAGUCCUGGAACUUACCUGUAUCCGCGGUGCUGAACCUCUUUCAGUCCGAGGGCUGAAUUCCAUUUUGGAGAGAUUCUUGGGGUCUGCAUUCCAGUGGUGGGUGGGAACUGUUGGCCAAACUGGACUCGAAAAUGAACUGACUUUCUGCGUUGUCUCUUCAUCUCUCUCUUUCUCUACACAGGUGAGCCAAAGUUCAAAAUGGGUGACCCAAGAGACCUCUGUCCUCACCUGGAUUCAAUAGGUGAAGUCACCAAGGAUGAUCUCCUUCAGAAAUCCAAGGGAACGUGCCAGUCCUGUGGAGCGGGGGGACCCAACCUUUGGGCCUGUCUUCAGGUUGGCUGCCCUUAUGUUGGUUGCGGGGAAUCCUUUUCUGACCACAGCACCCUUCAUGCACAGGCCAAAAAGCACAAUCUCACCGUGAACCUGACAACGUUCCGGGUGUGGUGUUACGCCUGCGAGAAGGAGGUGUUCUUGGACCAGCGGCUGGCCUCCCACCCAUCAGCCCCAUCCGCAAAAUUCACGGAACAGGAUUCUCCUCCGCCCGUCCAUCCUCUCAAAGCUGUACCGAUUGCAGUGGCUGAUGAAGGGGAGUCGGAAUCAGAAGACGACGAUCUGAAACCAAGAGGCCUUACGGGAAUGAAAAACCUUGGGAACUCUUGUUACAUGAACGCUGCACUUCAGGCCCUUUCUAACUGCCCCCCGCUCACGCAGUUCUUUCUCGAAUGUGGCGGACUUGUGCGCACGGACAAGAAACCGGCGCUCUGCAAAAGUUACCAGAAACUGAUUUCUGAGGUGUGGCAUAAGAAACGCCCGAGCUACGUGGUCCCAAGCAGCCUGUCCCAUGGAAUCAAGUUGGUGAAUCCUAUGUUCCGAGGCUAUGCACAACAGGACACGCAAGAGUUCCUGCGCUGCCUGAUGGACCAACUCCACGAAGAGCUGAAGGAGCCCGUCGCCACCGAGAUGCGGGACUCCGAUUCGAGCGACACGGACGACAAGCGGGAGGGCGACCGCAGCCCCUCAGAGGACGAGUUCCUCUCCUGUGACUCCAGCAGCGACCGGGGUGAAGGAGACGGGCAGAGCAAAGCCGGCAGCUCCCUGGCGGAGGCUGAGCUCCUGAUUCAGGACGAGGCCGGCCGAGGGAUCUCCGAAAAGGAGAGGCUGAAGGACCGGAAGUUCUCCUGCAGCCACCGGCGCAGCAACUCCGAGCAAGCGGACGAAGAUGCCGACGUUGACACCUCGGUGAUGGCCGUGGGCGGCAGGGCGUCCCCGGAAGUGCCUGCUUGUCCUGCUCCGCCUCGUCCAGCCAGCCCCUCUAGGACCCCAGAGCCGGACAACGAUGCCUACAGCCGCUGCUCGUCUCGGCCCUGCAGUCCUGUUCACCACGAUGUGCACUCCAAGCUCUCGAGUAGCCCUCCGCGCUCAAGCCCGGUGAAGUUGGGACCCUCGUACGUGCUGAAAAGAGCUCAGAUGUUGGCUUCUGGCAAGAGGAAGAAGGAGGUCCGUUACCGCAGCGUCAUCUCCGACAUCUUCGACGGCUCCAUCCUGAGCCUCGUGCAGUGCCUCACCUGUGACCGAGUAUCCACCACCGUGGAGACGUUCCAGGACCUCUCGCUCCCCAUCCCCGGGAAGGAAGACCUGGCCAAGCUGCAUUCCGCCAUUUACCAAAACGUGCCGGCCAAGACGGGGGCGUGCGGCGACAACUACGCCGCUUCGCAGGGCUGGAUCGCCUUUAUCAUGGAGUACAUCCGGAGGUUUGUGGUCUCCUGCAUUCCCAGCUGGUUUUGGGGUCCUGUGGUCACCCUGGAGGACUGUCUCGCUGCCUUCUUUGCAGCCGAUGAAUUGAAAGGUGACAACAUGUACAGCUGCGAACGAUGUAAAAAGCUGCGGAACGGAGUCAAAUACUGCAAAGUCCUCCGGCUCCCUGAGAUCUUGUGCAUCCACUUGAAGCGCUUCCGGCAUGAGGUCAUGUACUCCUUCAAAAUCAACAGCCACGUCUCCUUUCCCCUGGAAGGGCUGGACCUCCGGCCGUUCCUGGCCAAGGAGAGCGUCUCCCAGAUCACUACCUACGACCUCUUGUCUGUGAUCUGCCACCACGGCACUGCAGGCAGUGGGCAUUAUAUCGCUUACUGCCAGAAUGUGAUCAACGGCCAGUGGUACGAAUUCGAUGACCAGUACGUCACAGAGGUGCACGAGACGGUCGUGCAGAACGCAGAGGCCUAUGUCUUGUUCUACAGGAAGAGCAGCGAGGAGGCCAUGCGGGAGCGGCAGAAAGUGGUGUCCUUGGCCACCAUGAAGGAGCCCGGCCUGCUGCAGUUCUACAUCUCCCGGGAAUGGCUCAACAAGUUCAACACCUUCGCGGAGCCCGGGCCCAUCACCAACCACACCUUUCUCUGCGCCCACGGAGGGAUCCCUCCAAAUAAAUACCAUUAUAUUGACGACCUCGUGGUGAUCCUUCCACAGAAUGUCUGGGAGUAUCUUUACAACAGAUUCGGCGGCGGCCCGGCUGUGAACCACCUGUAUGUGUGCUCGGUGUGCCAGGUGGAGAUCGAAGCCCUGGCCAAGAGGAGGAAGAUUGAGAUUGACACCUUCAUCAAGCUGAACAAAGCAUUCCAGGCGGAGGAGUCUCCCGGCGUCAUCUAUUGCAUAAGCAUGCAGUGGUUCCGGGAGUGGGAGGCCUUCGUCAAAGGCAAGGACAAUGAGCCACCGGGACCCAUCGACAACAGCAAGAUUGCCGUGGCGAAAGGAAGCGGCCAUAUGCAAGUCAAGCAGGGAGCGGAUUACGGGCAGAUUUCCGAGGAGACGUGGGCUUACUUAAGCACGCUCUACGGCGGAGGUCCCGAGAUCGCCAUCCGGCAGAACGUGGCCCAGGUGCCGGAGGUGGAGAGUCUGCACGGGGAGCAAAAGAUAGAAGCGGAGACCCGGGCUGCCUGAGCGACCGUGGACCAGACCCCGUGGAGAAGGUGGGGCUAGGCCUUGUCUUUCCCACCGGGGAGUGGACGUUCUGCACCCCUGCAGUGAGUCUCUCAACACUCUGUCUUGUAUUUUGGAACUCAAAACGUACCAAGCAGCAACCACCUCGCCCUGCCCGCCGUGAGUUACACUGCAACCCGCCGAAACCAACGGUCAUUUGAUGCUAGCCAAGGCCCGCGAGGUCUCGUAGCCGCUCGCUUGCAGCCUCGCGGGUCAAGAGAGCCUCCAUCCGGCGGGGAGAGAGGAGCGCCUUCGUUCAGUUUUCCCUCCUGCUCGGCCUUCGGAAAGCGCCUCCUGGUAGGUCCAGCUUGGCGCGUCCACGGAAAGAAACCGGGAGCGAGCAGUUUGCCACUUUCCGCCGGCUUCCUGCCGGGGCCGUUCCUACCGUUGAUAGUCGUGGCCUUCCGUCGCUGUGACGUCUGGAUGUGCUGUGUUUGGCUUCUUCCGUUUCUUUUCCCUCUCUUCUCUCGGAUUUCUGCCAUUUCAGUAGUAGAGGCAGCAGAGCCAGGCACGCCAGAAAUCUGGGGGGGACGUUUCAAGGUGGCCCCGAAAGCCACUCACGCGUCUCUUACCCGAAGGCGGCCGGCGGCUGUAUCGUUAACGGUGACGAAGCCCUUUCCUCCUCCCGUUGCACACAAGAGGGCGCUGCUUUGCCCUCUUCUGACGGGGAAGGAGCUUUCUAAACGGCGUGGGUGGAUCCCAUACUUCACUGUUUAUUUAUAUAUUUAUUUGCGCGGAUCGACGCCCCCUCGUUCGCAGUGACUGUUCUCCCUGCCCCCCUCCCUUCCUCCCCCCAGAUUUCCUAGGGAACAAAGCUGAGCGGUUUGCUCCCACGACGCCCCGUUGACUUUGGCUUCCCCGAGGGAAGAAAACCCGCGUACGCUCGAAUGAGUCCCUUGAAGCUGUGCGGUCGCUUGCACGUCUGAGACGGCUUGCGCAGCCAGGAGUAUUCCAGGCAAGCGGCGACAGGCCGUUGUGAGCUAUUCCCUCAACAGCGAGAACCAAGAGACGAGAAGCGGUUCCGGCUGCAACAGCCCUUGCAACCAGACUGCAGUAGUGCCAAAUUUAGAACUAUCCCGAUCCGUGGCAUGCGAGCGGCUGGGGCAGUUCCUCUGAGGAGCGCCAUGUGCCUGGCUGCACUUGGGGAGGGGGCUUCUCUUCCGAAACCACUGCUGAAAGCCCGCAGCGAGUCCCAUCUGCAAGCCCUCGGCAGAGCGGGGAGCCUCAGACUUUGGUGUUUUGAUUGGUCUGGCUGCCCCAGAAGUGCUCUGAUUUCCCUCUUCCUCCCCCCAAAACACACAGUUAUGCACACAUCCGGUCUUACUUUCCCCUCCCUCGUCGUCCGGAAUGCUCCUGGAAUUUAUUGGGAGCUCUUCUAAGGCAAGCUGGUUUUUGGGGGCGGGGAAGUGGAUGAUAACAGAAGGGGAAGGACGGAGACCUGUAAUGAAACGGGGCAUUUGGAGAAGUUCCUUUCAGUGACAAAGUCUCUGCUGCAAACAGCAAUCGGUUGCUCUCCUGUCUGAAAAGGAAGAAAGAAGCGCUCUCGUACAUCUUUCUCUGUGUUCCUUUGCUUUCCCUGUUGACCUGGAUCUCUUAACGCCUAAAAGAACUUCUUCUCGGGCGGCCAAGGAGCAUGUGGGGGGGAGUGGUUCGCUCUCCGCGUCUCUCGUUACCCGGGCACCACUUCCUGUCGACCACGGAGCUUCUGGGGCGGCCUUUGUUGUGUCCGAAAGACCCUGGGCCCUUGGGCUGUGAAGGACGCUUGUGCGCGGGUUCCUCCUUCCAUGCUAAGAACGUGAGCCAAUAAAACUUGCUUGCCUCCA